CCCGAGAGGGACCUUCGCUGCAAAUGCAGUGCCCCUGGUGUCCAGAGGUUUAAACCCUCCUGACUCUUCUAGAGAGGAGACUAGAGAACUCAGGGGCACAGCUGUAGAUGCAGGACUGAUGCCAUCUGGUGCAGUUCCACAGAAAAAGAGAUAAAAUUUACCCAGAGUGUGCCAUGUACUGGCUUUUCUGGGAAUGACAAGGUGCCAGGAUUUGUUUUUGGUUCAUUCGCAGGGGUGGAAACUUGGAACGAGGUUCCAAGAUGGUUGCUGCAUCCCCCAAGAAGAUGAAGGAAGCUGAAAGGGAAAACAGGGCAUACCAUUUUGAUUCUGCUUCCUUUUAAAGAGCUUUCUCAGAAGCGCAGCAACUUUUACUUACAUCUCAUUGGCCAGACUGUGUCAUAUCUGCGAGGUUGCAUGAGAAAUGUAGUUUUUGUAGCUGGACAGAUGAUUGCCUUCAACAAAAAAAUCUGAGGAAAUCUAAGGAAAAAAGAUGAUGGUGGAUCUUUGGGGAACAAACUAGCAGUCUGUGCCCUGGUUACAAAAUACAGUUGUCAAGGAGCAUAAUGACUGAAACAGAUCAAAACUGUAACUCCUUCACAACUAAUAGUACUCCAAGCAACACUGCUCUGCCCAGAGAGUGAGCAGAGUGAAGACAUCCUAGGUUUUUUCUUGAAACACCUGCCAGAACUGGCUUUCGCAGUCAGCCGAUAUGCUUGCCCCACAUCAGGAUUUUCUAGAGGAGGACCCUGGGAACCUUACACUUCCUUGGAGGACAUAGUCUAUGGAAGUUUGGAACAGGAUAAAGAAGGCUGUACCUUGCUGCUUUCCCAUCUGCUUCAUGUAUCUCUAAUUCUCCUUACAGAUUUUUGGUGGAGUCUUGUUUGAUCCCCAUCAAAGGAUCAUCCCUUUCAUACAUAGGAAAAAGUAAUCUAUGUAAAGAAAGGCUACUUUACUCCUUUCUGUGACUCUACCACCUAUCUAGGAAUAUCCUGGGAGAAGACUUGCUUCUCAAAGCUGCUUCCAUAAUCAGCCUACAUCCUGCCUAAGCAAAGGAAGAAGAAACACUUCCCACAUCCAGGGCUGUCCAAAAGAACUUUCUGUGAUGACAGAAAUGUUCUAUAU